UUUCGGUCAUUUCGUUUUCGUUUCUGCUAACGGACGGCUGUGCACAGAGAAGCAUGGAUAAGUUUCAGAGAGCGCUCAACUUCGUCAAAGAACAAACCAACAUAGGAUGUGGUUUAAUAGCCCUGCUGACAGCUGGAGGUGAAAAGAUUUUUUCCACUAAUUUGUUCAAGUGCCCUUGCAGCCAGUUGAAUUUUGCCUAUGGCAUGAUAUUCCUCAUGGUGCCCGCUCUGGCACUCUUAGUAAUGGGUUACUUGUUAAAUCAAAAAACUUGGAAGUUAAUGACAGGACUAUGUCUCCAAAAAUCAAAAUUAUGCCAGUGUAAGAAGUUAUUGGCCCGUAUAAUAGUCUUCUAUCAGAUCACUGCCACAGCGGUCGUCGCACCUUUCAGCUGGAUUGCAGUGGCACUACUUGACGGGAGUUAUUUUGAGUGCGCCAUGACGGGCUUAAAUGUAACGUUAUUCCAAAAGCAUCUAUGUGGCGACGGAGUCAACACGAAUAAAUGCCGACAAGAGAUGCAUACAUUUCCCUGCGGUGGAUCAAGCCUGUCCAAAGACAGUGUCCUGGCCAACAUCCGCGCUGAGUCGCAGAUUAUCGGCUGGGUGCUCAUCGCCUCCAUCGUUUUGUGCAACCUGGCGCUGAUGUGUUUUGCUCGAUGUCAUUCGCCCGUCAGCUUCCACCACCUCAAAUUUUGGCAGAUGUACAGGCAACAGGAGAGCAACCUGCUGGAGUCCUACUCUGUCCAGCACGCCAAAGAACUUGCGGACAGAAACGUGAAGAGCUUCUUCCAACAGCAACCCCCAGAUAACAUGGUGACUCCACCGAGCAAGGCUUGGCAGAACAUAUCCUCCUUUUACAGGUUCAGACCUAAUGAACACUUCUACAGCCCCAUGCACGAGUACGUAGAGCAUCCUGACCCCCGUGCGUCGAUCAGGUCACAUGGUCCGUGUUUGGACAACCCCUUAGUGCUGGGCUUUGUGGAUCAGGGUGUAACGGGGAUGUGAAUAACAAGCAUGGCAUAUUAAGGAAGCAUAAAAUACAACUAAAUCGGCAACAGGAAAUGUGUGUGGUGCUGCCUGCUGUUUGCACGUUCCGGUGUACGCUACUAAAGUUAUAGACGAGGCAGCUUGGGGACUCAACCUGUAGUGCACUUACCGUGAAUUAAAGUGUAUUUUCUCCAAACCAAUUUCACAAUAUUUACUUGCCGAGAAUGUAAUUGGGCUAUAGCUUAUUUGUAAUUCAGCUUUGCUUCACCACCAGUUCUUGUUAUUAAUAUUAAUAAUCAUGUGAUUAAACAUGCUUCUUUUCACAGAACACGUUAUCAAUUGCCCCAAGACUCCCAUUUAUUAUUUGAUUAUGUUUUGUUUAUUAUGUUUGUUUUAACGUUUAUUUUCUAAUUGAUUUAAUUGUGCAAAGAGCCUGGAUGUUGUGUUGCUUUGGUUGGCUUUUGCUUUUCAAAUUAACAUUAUAAGGAAGUGGCUCUCUGCUUGUUCACCUGUUGUUUGCCUACCUUUGCAGGAGAGGGUUAUCAGCUCCGCCGAAGGUUUAGCCUGCAGGCUUUAUAUUGCAAACCCUUUUUAGUCAGGCAUACUGUCUCUCUUCGCACACUGGGAGAUUGACUUUUGGUUUCGGUCUUUGUGCCUCUUGAUUGUAGUGUAGUGAGUGAAUAGUUUUGAUUGUGCUGUUUCAGUGUUAUGUUUGGUUUCAUCUUGUGUUUACACCAUACAACAUCCCCACAGCACACAUUGCACUCUUCCAUGCACCACACUCACAACUGAUACACUGAUAUACAGAUUACAUUUUAUAUUAUUUCUAAUAAAUAUUUUACUUUAUCCUUUA